GGCAAAAGAGUUUGCAUUUUCAUUAGCGCUGCUGAUGAUGGUCUUUUUCGUAUAGGGCAUAAUGUUUAGUUUUACUAUAUCACGUUACACCCAUCCACAUCAUCUCCAAGAAGAUUCACUUUUCCCAUUCACUGCACUGACAUUUAAACAAGGAGGAGUUUUGGUGGAGUGGAUUUGGAUUUACAUUUGUGGAAAGUGCUGAGCAAACUUAUACGUAAUCCAACCAACUUGCCAACCAAUAUCAUCAUCACAUUCAACCCUUUCUCUAUCUCCCAGUGCUGUUCAGCUCUUUGGUUCAUUUAGAAAGAAAAAAAUGUGGGCCAAGCCCGUGUAUUGCUGGCUGAUGUGAUGUUGUAGGUCUAACUAAAAUGUUAAAAUGAGCAGCAGCUCAUCCAAAAUACAAUCCACCCAAUGCUCACAGACACUUGGAGAGAGAGGCAGGGUUAAGUUUUAUUCAAUUUUAAAUUCAUCUCCCUUUCAUCAUUCAUCUCAUUUUUCAUUUUUUGCAAACAAUCAUGAUUCGAAACAGUCAUUUACACCUGAACACCACUGAAUCUCUCGCAGGAGGUGUCUGAGAGUGAAGUAACACUGCCAUUUACCCCAGUUUUACUACAGUUUUGCUAAUAUUUCUAUUUUAGAAGAACGAAUUGCUUUAAACGGGAAGAUAUAACGAAUAAAUUGAGUGAUAUUCAUUUUAAAGAUUAAAGUUUUAAUUUUUCUUGUUGCAAAUCUUAAGCAACAAGUGAAAGCCUUCAUAAUAAAUUUUUAAAGAAACAGAGAAAGGAUGUGAUGCAGUACUUAAUAGGGAAUUCACCUUGUUAAGAGGCCUUAAGCAAGAGUGCGGGUGCAACUUAUUUGUGAAACUGGAGUGAAAGUAUUGUUAUCCAGAAUGGAAAAUUUGUUUAAUCCGGUGUGGUGCAGAGAAGGGAACCUCCUACAAGUCAAACUUUGGUUGGAAGAUACAGAAAAUGAUUUAAAUCAAGGGGAUGACCACGGAUUCAGUGCACUCCAUUGGGCGGCCAAGUACGGUCAGUACAAAAUCGUGGAGCUCCUCCUUCAGCGGGGGGCUCGGGUCAACGCGGUGAACAAAGGGGACGAUACGCCACUCCACUUGGCCGCAGCACACGGACAUCAUGACGUGGCACGCCUGUUGUUGCAACAGAAGGCGGAGGUGAACUCGAUAAAUGAACAUGGGAACACGGCCUUACACUACGCCUGCUUUUGGGGGUAUGGGGACUUGGCGGACGACUUGGUCGCCAAGUUUGGGGCGCUCGUCUUCGUCACAAAUCGGGAUGGCGACACUCCGCUGGACAAAUCCAAAGGGGGGCUUUCCACGAAAUUACAUGAUAGAGCCGUGGAAGCAGGACAGGAUUUGAAGAAAAUUCCAUACAAAGAUCAAAGCUGGCUGGGACUCAAAACUCAUCGAAGUCGUGAUGCCACAUUAUCACGACACAAGGGGAUUAACGUGAAGGACCUCUCCUUGACACAACAGUUGUCCGAGUCUCCCUCCAGCCAAACCUGGAAAGGGCGAUGGCAAGGGAAUGAAAUUGUGGCAAAAAUUCUAGUUCUUCGAGAAUGCACUCCGAGGAUAUCGCGAGAUUUUAAUGAAGAGUUCCCAAAGCUAAGAAUUUUCUCGCACCCAAACAUUCUUCCAGUUAUUGGAUGCUGUAAUGCACCUCCAGAUUUGGUGGUGAUUAGUCAGUUUAUGCCAUUCGGUUCCUUGUACAAUGUGCUUCAUCAAAAUACGAAUGUUGUUGUCGACUCUGUACAAGCCCUGAAGUUCGCCUUGGACAUCGCUAGAGGAAUGUCAUAUUUCCAUAAUUUGGAGAGAUUCGUGCCUAAUUAUUACCUCAACAGCUACCAUGUCAUGAUCGAUGAGGAUUUGAGUGCCAGAAUAAGUAUGUCAGAUGCCAAAUUUGGUUUCCAAGAUAAAGGAAAAUUGUACCAUCCAGCAUGGAUGUCUCCAGAAGCCCUGCAAAAGAGACAAUCAGAAAUUAACUUUAAGGCUGCUGACAUGUGGAGUUUUGCCAUAAUUUUAUGGGAGUUGGCCACUCGAAAUGUCCCAUUUGCAGAUCUCAGUCCCAUGGAGGCAGGAAUGAAGAUUGCGUUGGAAAGUCUCAGGAUUCAGAUUCUACCCGGAAUUUCACAACAUUUGACAAAAUUGAUCAGAAUUUGCAUGAACGAAGAUCCCGGAAAGCGACCUACAUUCGACAUGAUUGUUCCCAUCUUAGAAAAAAUGCAGGCACAUGCAUCAUAGAUGGUUUUCUUUGAGUGAAAAAACACAUGAGAUAAUCACUAAGAAGACAAGUCAAUUACUGGAAUUAUAAUGCCUCGCUAUAUAAAUACACUAGACUGCUACAUUAUCCUGCAAAAGCAACUAGUUAUAUUUUAAAUUCAAUUUUUCCAAUCAAUCAAAAUGGUUGUCUUCAGCAAAUAUGUACGACUUACAUUAGAUUUGUUAAUUGCUUUUAAAUUUGACCAAGCCGAUUCCGACACUGUUCAUUCGCUUUCGACUUUAAGAAUACUAAUAGUGUAAUUAUAUACAUAAUUAAUGGUUCAAGUCAAUUUUGAAGUUCACUUUAAUUGACAUUUAUUACUCCUAACUUGGUGUUCAUUUAAUUUUAUUGCACAUGUGCGUCGUACAUACGAACGAAAACAACCAUAGGGAAUUAUUAUGUACUACCCGGUGUGAAAACCACUCGCGUAAUUUUGCUUGACGAAUUAUUUGUCAAUUAUUCAAUCAAAAUUACUUUUUGUAAUUCAUCCACUAAGUCUACGAACACUGCCAAUUUUUCAUUUUCCUCUCUAUCCAUGGUGCAAAAGUAACUUGUCCCAACUAGAGCUGGAGAAAGAUGAAUGUUUUAUAUGUAUAGAUACAUGAGAAGAGAAAACAUAUUUUUUCCAUUGCCAGAAUACAGCGGAAUAAUCCUAAACAACUGUCUAGUGUGAAUAUGACCUUAUACAGUGGUAAUAUUAGUAGCAUUAUCUAUGUAUAAGUACUGCCUUAUUAAUCUUCGAUAGAAUUGUAACCUACGAACUAAUGGGUAUGAAGAGGAGUGCAAGGAAUUUGCAUAAGUAGUUAUCGAAGAAAAAUCAAAAUUUUCACAUAAAAACGCAACACGAGAACGGAAGGUGCUCUUAAUUCUUUUUAACGACGUAAUUUACAAGACUGGAUCGAAUUUGUAUCGAUUCGUCGAAUAAUAUACAGUACCACAAGUUUGCCUAUAACUAAUCUAAAAUUACCACUAUUUAGAGAAUUACAACAACGUACAAUUAUCUCUUAACCAACAACAUCACCGGCUUUUCUACAUACAAUGUUGAUGAGAGGGUAGUUUUAUUCAGAAAUUAUGACAUGCAAUUUUGAUAAUGGUAAUUUCCAGUUGGAGGAUAAUUUUGGGAUAUUUUUUUUUUCCCCUGCUAAAUCUCGUUACAAAAUCCAAAUCUUAUCCCAUUGGGAGAAAAAUGGCAAAAUCGGAAUUAGAUUAGGCUUAACUUUGUAAGGCUAUUUUUCUUAAUCUGAUCAUAUUCUUGUCAAUUUUUAUCGUCCAGCUGGAGUGAAAUUGAUUGUGUUUGACAAAAAACAUAAAUUUUCAAAUCCAAUCAAUUUCACUUCCAAAUCCUCUUGUUGAACAAUGUCAUUUGCAUAGCGAGAUUUAACAAGGAAAGUGUAAUCUCUAAAAUUACUCCUAGUGUACAAUUGCCCUUAAUCGAAUAUACAUGUCGUAGAAUGUCACAAUCUUAAGAGGGGAUGUUGUUCUACAUGCUUUAAGUCGUCGAAAUUAAAAAGAAAUUAGGUUGAAAUAUGAAAUAUCAGCAUUUCUCAAACCUUACGUGUAACUUGUAAAUUAUAAAGUGCCAUAAUCUGCAGCAGAGAAAGUACGAGAGAAAGUUACGAGGAUAUUAGAAUAUAUUUAAAUCGGUGUGCAUGAAAUAUGUUUUGUAUUUGUACAACGAAUGUUAAAAAGAAAGUCAGUGUUUUAUAUGAAUUUUGUUUCGGACAAUGUGUAUUUUGUCAAUUGUCAACUGCAACAAUCAUACAUAUGUUAUACAUACAUAUAACCGACCAUACUCUAUUCAGGGAUUGUCUCUCUACUAUAUUUUAAUCUGUGUCUUAUUAUUGUGUAACGAAACUUUAAAUUUAUAUAAUUUGGUAAAUUGUGCAAGUCUCGAAGCCAAUGGGAAGUGUAUUUAGCAUAGCAGUGUGCCUUCAUAACGUUUACUAAUAAUCCUACCAAAAAUGUAAUUGCUGUCAAUCAUACAACUCCAAACCAAACAAAAAAGUAGCGUUCCAAUGUCAGAGAUCAAAUGCGAUCAUAAUUUUAAAAACCAAUCUGGCCUAUGCCUACAUACAUACAUAAGUACAUGUGUAAACUAUAUGUAACGAAGCGAAAGUAUGUAGAAAGUAUUCGAGAUACAGAGUUCCGCGAGCAUGCAAAGAAUUUGGAUGUCUCAAUUUCAAAAUUUUUUUUGGAAUUGCAAAAAUGUAACCUUAUUAAUCAACGUCCAAUCGAACUCGACCAGAUCGUACUUGACAGACUAAACAUCGCAAUCAAUGCAAUUACAAAUAUAUGUAUUAAAUAAGCUCGUCUAACUUGUAAAAUGCAAUGUUGUCCAUCCAUCCAUCCAACCAACCAAUCAACCGUAAACCAACCACCAAUUCGUCCCGUUGUAGUAUUUAAAUAGUAACAAAUGACCCCAAUACCGUACCACCACUGACUAAGAUUGAUAUGUAUUAGUUAACCAUGAAAGUAUUAAUGUGGAAUAAAGUCUAAUUGAAAUAACACA